UAUGUCUCUGAAGAUGAAUCUGCGACGGAUUUCGAAACGUCAGGCGAAGAAGCAUAUUGUCCCAGCGAUCGAGUCGUCUUCUACUUCUCACUCGUUCACUAUCCUUACCUGGUGGCAGCUCCCUCACAGUUGCAAUUGCCUCAGCCUGGCGUGGAUACUGAGGGUUCUGGUUCGUUCCAGGACUUCUGGGGUUGCGAUCAUCUGAUAUCUCAGUUGGAUUAUUCUGUGGAGCUAGCUGGAAUAAAAGUUAUUCAGCUUCCUAGUCUGGCUGGAGUAGAAGAUCUAGAUCUCUGGUCCAUACAGGUGUUUCGUUAA